CUCAUGUUACUCAGAAGCUUUUGGUAAUAUGGACGGAAUUUCUCUCGCACCUCCGCCCAAAUGUGUCUCAACGAUUCACUUAUCCUCUGAUCUUUGGCGACACUUUGACCGUGGACUUCAUCUUUGGCUUGUCAAAUACUAUUACAAACCAAUUCUUUCCCUUGGUAGUAAUAUUUUGGUCAAAAUUUUCGCAAUGUCCAUUUGCUUUUCAAUCGUCGCCGUUUGGCAUGCACUUAGUGGCGAUGUAAUUGUUUGGUGUAUGCUCAAUUUCUGUGCUGUUGCAAUCGAAUUAACUGGAAUUAACGUUCGACGAUUAUUUUUCAAUAAUUUUGAAACACAAUUAUCAACCAAAGCAAUUAAAAGAUGGAAAUCACUGAUUGCUGCUCCAUUUUAUAUAAUAAUGAUAAUUACAAACACUUUUUUCUUGGCCAACACUCAAAUUGGACUUCACUUAUUUAAGAAAGUUUUAUUCUCAUUCCCAUCCAGCUCUUCCUGUUUUAAUAAUCGCAUACACAGCCUGUCAUGUGUCUAUCGAAUUGAAAGAAUUUUAAUUUAA